CUUGGCUUCAAAGGCAUGAGGAAGUUGUUAAUCAUUACGUGCCUCCCAUGUAAAGUAAUGCACCUAGUUCAUGCUGUCCAACUUCCACCAAAUAUUCCCUUUUUCUGAUUAAUUCAGGAAAAUGGCAUCUCUAGUGCCAGGAGUGUUGAUGAAGCUCCUCCAAAGCAUAGACUCCAACCUUAAAGUAAGGGGUGAGUAUCGGUCCGCUCUGCUUCAGGUGAUCAGCAUAGUCCCGGCCAUCUCGGGAUCCGAGCUAUGGCCGGACGACGGCUUCUUCGUGAAGGUCUCCGACUCCUCCCACUCGACAUACGUGUCGCUCUCGAGGCCAGACACCGACCUCAUCCUUAACAACAAGCUGCAGUUGGGGCAGUUCUUUUACGUGGACAGGAUGGAGGCCGGCACACCCGUGCCCACCCUAGUCGGGGUCAGGCCGGUCCCGGGCCGCCACCCCUUUGUUGGGAACCCCAAGGACCUGAUGCAGCUCCUUGAGGGCUCCCAGAAGUUGGCGGUGGCUCAGGCUGAGCUGCCGCCUAAAGAAGAGGAGAGUGGUGGGAAGAAGAGGAUUGUGAUCAAGGAGGACAAGGCUGGAGUUUCUUCAAGGUAUAUGCAGGGUUUGGUGAAGCACAAAUCUCAAGUGAUGGAAUUGGAUGGGAAAGAGAAUCAGAGUAGUGAAAUUGGAGUUGCUAAGACAGAUGCAUCCUUCAGAUCAACUAAGCACACAAACAUUGAGACAAGGAUAACUAGUCCAGAGGGAUCAACAAAGAAAUCACAAACACACUCCAAGAUUCUGACAGUAAACAAACAAGAAAUCAUCAACUCCAUUUCUUUGGUUAAUGGCAACAACAAGAAGCAACAGUCUACCGAGGGAGCCAUCUCAUGGUGCAAUCUGCCACCCACCCUUGUCAAGCCCGGGAAGGGAAUGCUCAGAAAGGGUCACUUGGCUUCUCUAGUAGCAGCACAAGCUCAGAAAGAAGCAAAUUUGGCAGCAAAUCUUGCCAAAUGCCUAAGUAUGUUUGCUGAUAUCUACUCAUCCGCGUCCCCCCAAAAUCCACAUCUUCAUCUAUCAAAAUUCUUCACACUGCAAAAUAUGAUCGAAAAAGCAGACGUGACAACACAAACACGUGACACAGACUCAUCAGCACUGCAAGAAAAGGACAAGCCUAGCCGAAAGCCAGGCAAGAACAUGAACAUGAACACGAACACGCCUAAAACCAUGGGGAUCUCAUCACAACUAAGCAAUGCUGACAAGCAAGAAUGGUCGAAGAUGGACAACGCAAAAGAGAUGAUGGAGCUGCUGAGGACACUAACAAACGAGGCGCAGUCUUGGUUCUUGAAUUUUCUCGAAGAAGCCCUUGAGUUUGGGUUCCCGGUUGGGCAGGAGAAGAAGGGGAAAGAGAGCUCCGCUCGAGUUAUUGAGCAAAACAACCACAUUGCUCUAACACUGUCGCAGCUCAAACAAGCUAAUGAGUGGCUGGAUAAGGUUAAGAGCGGCUCGGGAUUGGAGAAAGGGGAAGUGUUGGGAAGGAUUGAUGAGUUGAAGCAGAAGGUGUAUGCAUGUUUGCUGGUUCAUAUUGACUUUGCUGCAUCAGCUUUGGACACCAGAAAAUCUCUCUGAUCACAGUCUACUAAAAAGAUGUGUAUAAAUUAUUCUGAUUUUUUUGUUUGUGCGUAAAUUAUGGCUCCAUUUUCUCUUGUAAGAAAGUGGCCAAACAUCUAUGUAAGUUUGGACUUUUGCUCUGCUUAAGUUUUAUUAGCAGAGAGAUGGAAAUCAUUGAACUGGA